GCUGCAGGAAGGGGGUGAGUUAGCAGCGCAUUUUGCUUCAGCAUCAGCUGCUAGGUGGUUUUUUUUUUUUUUUUGAUUGAUCCUUUUCUGAGAAAGGAGGAGAGGUUAUUUCCCCCCGUUUGAUUUAGACAGGCCCAGGAGGCUCCUGGGAGCCCCAUCCCCUCUUUUUAGGAGCAUGCCAUGGGGGGGAGUGGGGCUAGCAACAGAGGUACGGGCUGGCGUGAUCGUUUCGUUUUUUUCCAGAGACUGGAGGGCAGGUUGGCUUGGCGAAGGUGCCCUCUCUAAAGUAGUGUGCUUGGUUAGAUUUCCUCUACUUCAUGCUACAUCGAUCUGUACAGAUAGGGAGGUGGACCUGACUGCAGCUGAGACGUCAGUUUGCUUUUUAAGGUUCCAGAGCCCGCCUGAAGUGUGUCCCCCCCUAAACAGCCCUAAUUUGCUCACACAGGAAAAGCUGUGGCUUUUUCUCUCUUGGGUUUAGUCCCAAACUCCUUGUUAGGGUUUCAGCUAUAGUGUCUAUUUUUAAAGGGUUUUUUUUUUUUUUGUGCUCUUCCAGUUCCUCCAGAGACUUCUCAGGCUGGUUCAGUGUGCAGCUGAUUAAUGCACUCCUGGAAAAAUUAGUUUACCUCUAGGGGUUCUUUUCAUUCCCCCCCUAAAUGAGCAAGUGCAGUGGCUGAAGGAGAAAUAAGAAAAAUCCAGGGAGAACCAGAACCUGGUGCAGCUAGUGCAACAAGGGGAAAAACCAACAAUUCCAGAGCAGUGUCAGUAAAGGUGUGUAUGGGAAUGGUGCACUUUGUGUCAAUGGUGUGGCGCAGGCUGCUGCGGAAGCGUUGGGUCCUGGGUAUUGUAUUUGGACUCUCCCUCAUCUAUUUCCUUACCAGUACCUUCAAACAGGAAGAGAGGACGGUACGCGAUCGGAAUCUUCUCCAAGUACAGGAACAUGAGCCCAUCGUGUGGAAGGUGCAGUUCAGCCUGGGAAAUAGCAGUCAGCGGAGUAACCAGUGCAGAAAUUCUGUCCAGGGGAAGCUAUUCAUUACGGAUGAGCUGGGCUACAUCUGUGAAAGGAAGGACGUGUUGGUGAACGGCUGUUGUAACGUCAACGUGCCUAGUGCAAAGCUCUAUAGUUGUGACAGCUGCCUGCCCAACGGUUGUUGCAGCGUGUACGAGUACUGCGUUUCCUGCUGUCUGCAGCCCAACAAGCAACUUCUCCUGGAGCGUUUCCUGAACCGGGCAGCUAUCGCUUUCCAGAACCUCUUCAUGGCAGUGGAAGAUCACUUUGAGUUGUGCUUGGCCAAGUGCAGGACUUCAUCACAGAGCGUGCAGCACGAAAACACCUACAGAGACCCCAUUGCAAAGUACUGCUAUGGCGAGCAUCCCCCUGAGCUCCUGCCUAUUUGAAAGCUGCAUAAUCUGAACUAACAUGGGGAAAACAAACUGAGGAUUGGCGCCUGGAACUGCAAGACAAGAGCUGCUUGUACAAGAGCUUAAACGCUCAUCUUGAGAUUUCCAAAGACAAACAGAGUGGUUUGCAGUCUAAGCUUGGGACUUAUUUCUUGGGAAAAUCUCUUCUAUUUAGACGGAAGAACAUGAUAGACCUGCCAUGGAUGGGUGGGAAGGAAUCCUUUGAAUGGUUAAUCUAAUUGAAGAGCUACCAUUUAGGAUACACGCAAUGGAUUUAGUCUGUAGAUCAGCAUAGAAAAGGGCAUAAUACAGCCUUUCAUCUCUACAUAGAAGUUAAAUUAUAUCCCCAAAAAACAUGGACUUUAGACCGACUGGUGUAGAUAUGAAGAGGGAUUUUUUGUGCUUAAAAGGUAAAUAAUGCCUAGGGAGCUUAUCUCCUGGAGGACUUUUCAGCAUCCACGGUGCAGACUUUAUAUGUAACUAUGAAUUAUUUAUUUGGUUUAUAUGGAAUAGCUGAAAGUAUUGAUGUUUCUUGUAGCCAUUCGCUGACUCCUUCCAAUCCAUAGAUUAUCCUGGAGAAAGGUCAUCCUUCAUCUUGACCAGAAUAACUCAUCUCUCUCUUCGGUCAGGGUUUGUUUGUUUUUCACUGGGGCCCAUCACCAUAGUAUUUGUGUGCCAGUUUAAACUGGCAUAGCAAAGUCACCUCUGGAAUUCAUGGAG